AUGGACGGUCGUCCUCCUAAACGACACUGCAAAUCUAACGAUUCAAAGCAAGAGCCAAGAACUAAAUCAACUCGAAAAAUCACCCCGGUCAUCAUCUCAGAUAGCUCCAGUCCCAUUGAACAAACUGAACCCUUCGCCCUCUCCUCACGUCCAAAACCUUCCUCCUCGCGAGGCACAACACCGCCAGCCCGGCUCCCACCGUCCUCACCUUCUCCAAAUAAAAAGACGAAAUUCUCCCCAAAUCUAGACUCAAAAUCCGAGUCCCUGCACAGCUUCUUCCAACCCGCAACAGAGGGACAGCGAUGGGCACCACCACAAAAGACGGAGAAGCAAUCCCUCCCGCCGGUCAGGGAAACCGUCGACGCGGACCUAAUUGAGGACGAUUACGACUCCUACGAUGAAAUCUUCACACUGCAUCUAGCUAAUGAGCGAGUGGCAACCCAUCCGACGGCCGUGAGCACCAGCCAGAUGUGUCAGCCCGCGCCAAAACUAAGGCCAAUGGCCUCAGCUAAACCCCCGCGGAAGACGACAAAACGAUUCCUUCUAUCUACAGACCCUAAAAAUAGCAUAACGAAGGGGCCAUUGGCUGCACAAACUGUUGGUGAAUCGGACUGUCGACCAUGGGCCCAACGGUUCGCUCCGGCCAACCUGAGCGAAUUAGCCGUUCAUAAGAAAAAAGUCUCGGAUGUACAGCAUUGGCUGGAAGAUGCUUUUGCUGGGAGGCGCUUUGAGAGGCUACUCGUCCUACGGGGUCCGGCAGGUAGUGGGAAAACGACCACUGUGUCCCUGCUCUCCGAGUCAAUGGGUUACGACAUUGUUGAGUGGAAGAACCCCCCUGCUUCACAAUUUGGAGCUCACGAUUAUCAACCCAUGAGUGCACACUUUGAAGAGUUUCUUGGGCGGGGUGAUAAAUUUGGAGGGCUUGACCUCGAAAAUGCCAGCGAGUUCGAUCCCCAGCAAGAUAAGAAACCUCGGGACCACCGGAUACUUCUCAUAGAAGAGUUUCCAACUGUGAUUGGCCGGGCAUCUUCCACCCUCACGGCGUUUCGGGCGUCUCUGCAGCGAUAUUUGGCUGCCUCCGCGAAUGAUCAUGCCCGGGGCAGUUAUGGAAUGCAUCACCCGCCGGUCGUGAUAAUCGUGUCGGAGACGUUGUUGGGAUCUGCAUCCUCGAUUUCAGAUAACCUGACAGUUCACCGGUUGCUGGGGCCCACGAUCUACAAUCACCCCGGGACAACGAUAUUAGAUUUCAAUAGCAUUGCGCCCACUUUUAUGCACAAGGCAUUACGAUCCAUUUUGGACAGAGAGGCACAGAACUCCAGGCGUGUUCAUAUCCCUGGGCCAGGUGUUAUAGACAGCAUCUCUGACAUUGGCGAUAUCCGCAGCGCUAUCUCCUCUCUCGAGUUCAUUUGUCUCAAGGGGGACGACACGGGGAGAUGGGGAGGUAGCGUGGCCAAAACAAAGAAGGGUAGAGGCGAGGUUCGCUUGACAGCGAUGGAGAAAGAGUCUCUCAAGAUGAUAACUCAGAGAGAAGCGAGUCUGGGCAUGUUCCACGCCGUUGGAAAGAUCGUUUACAAUAAACGCAUGGACCCGAGUCUGAUCGAGGGCGAUGCCGAGAUCCUUCCGCCGCCACCGGAAUAUCUGCGCCAUUAUGCCCGACCAAAAGCUUCGCAGGUAUUGGUCAAUGAUUUGGUCGAUGAGACCGGCACCGACAUAUCAACGUUCAUCAGUGCUCUCCAUGAGAACUACAUCCCAUCAUGUGAUGGGGAUAAUUUCACCGACUGCCUCAACGACUGCAUAGACGCACUUUCGGAUGGCGAUAUCCUCAGCGCCGACCGCCGAUCAGGGCAAGGGGGACGGGCCGGAAUAGGAACUGGAAUCGCAUCAAUUGGCAGCGGCGUCGAUGUGCUCCGGCAAGAGGAAAUGAGUUUCCAAGUUGCGGCGCGUGGUCUUCUUUUUGCCCUUCCACACCCGGUCAAGAGACGGGUUGGCCCUGGAACUGGACGAAGCCGCGCGGGUGAUGCCUACAAGAUGUUCUACCCGGCAUCCUUACGAUUGUGGAGAGAGGCCGAGGAAAUCGAUGGACUGAUCGAUUCAUGGAUGAACCGAUCACUCGAUCCUUUUCGACACCAGCAUCUUUCUCGAAAUGGCUCUGACCUCAAGGGCGUCAGUUCCUGGAAAAGUCUCCAGGUGGGAAGGUCGGCAUCAGCCAACUCAGGGAAGAAAGACACCGCUCCGAGUGUGAUCACGAUGAUGCCCCGGCAUGAUCUACUGCUUCAUCAAUUACCCUAUUUGGCUGCAAUCCGGCGUCAGGACCCGGAUUGUUGGCAGUUGGAUAAGAUCACCAGCAUUCAGGCCAACGAGAAUCUUCGUAAUGAUGAAAUGGAUGACAUGGAGGAGUCUCCGGCACAGUCGUGGAUGAAACAACCCAGCAGAAAUGCUUCUAAAUCUCAACUGCCCGAAGAGGAAGAGAAAUUGAUUCUUAGUGACGAUGACAUUGUUGAUUGA